UUUAGUAAACUGAGUCUCGCGCAAGCAGGUGUUAACCCCUCAUCACGCGCGGCCACAUUCUUCAACACACGUUGAGAUUUGACGUGAACCGGAGGUCCGACCGCCCCGCUGCGCUCCUCAGAGCAAACAACAGACACCCAGCGGGGUAUCGCAAGCAGCGAGUCCGCCGACAGGCACCCGAGGGGAGGCGAAAGACGCGCGCAGCACCCACCUAACCACAUAUACCGAACAAGGACCAUGGAGAGCGCAGGCAACGGCUCGGAGAAGAUUUACAGCCGCAGCAGCUUCUGUGGGAACUUCACCGACGGCAACACCACGAGCUUCACGGAGGCACGAUGCGACGGGGACCGCAUGCUGGACGACGACGCCAACCCGGUUAUAAUAGCGAUUGUUAUCACCGCUCUCUACUCCAUAGUGUGCGUGGUGGGGCUGGUUGGGAACGUGCUGGUCAUGUAUAUCAUCGUCAGAUACACCAAAAUGAAGACCGCCACCAACAUCUACAUCUUCAACCUGGCUCUGGCUGACGCCUUGGUCACCAGUACGCUACCGUUCCAGAGCGUCAACUACCUGAUGGGGACUUGGCCGUUUGGGGACAUGCUGUGCAAGAUGGUGAUGUCCAUCGACUACUACAACAUGUUCACCUCCAUCUUCACCCUCACCACCAUGAGCAUUGACCGCUACGUCGCCGUGUGCCACCCAGUCAAAGCGCUGGACUUCAGGACGCCACACAACGCCAAGAUUGUCAACGUCUGCAACUGGAUUCUUUCCUCAGCCAUCGGGCUACCUGUCAUGUUCAUGGCCUCCACCGAUGUCACCGCAUCCUCCAGCACCGUUGACUGCAAGCUGAUAUUCCCCCAUCCUUCCUGGUACUGGGAAACCCUGCUGAAGAUCUGCGUGUUCAUCUUUGCCUUCAUCAUGCCCGUCCUCAUCAUCACCGUCUGCUACGGCCUCAUGAUCCUCCGGCUGAAGAGUGUGCGCAUGCUGUCAGGCUCCCAGGAGAAGGACAGAAAUCUGCGUCGUAUCACCCGCAUGGUCCUGGUGGUGGUUGCCGUCUUCAUCGUAUGCUGGACACCCAUCCACAUCUUUGUCAUCAUCACAGCUCUGAUCAAUAUCCCCAGCUCCACACUGCAGACUAUCACCUGGCACUUCUGCAUUGCCCUGGGCUACACUAACAGCAGCCUGAACCCAGUUCUUUAUGGCUACCUGGACGAGAACUUCAAGCGCUGUUUCCGUGAGUUCUGCACUCCGAGUCCCUCGGUGCUGGAGAUGCAGAACUCAUCCCGGACUGGAGUCACAAGCCGCAAGCUCCCACAGCGAGAACAAAACAGUGCAAACACAGGAGAAAGGUCCAAUCAACAGGUAUGACUAGCCUUGGAGGGGUCGUCAGGGGACUCUCGCUUUUGUGGCGGCGUUGCCAACGACGAUCUCAACUCAGAGGUCACGCAGGUCACCACAGGGCUCUGACAUCACAAAAAACACAAACAACACGUACAUACAAACAAUCCAGGACCUGACUGAGACUCGAUAGCACAGACCAUUCUGACGACGUGUUGCAAGCUUAACUGCAGCGCUGCAUCCGGUCGGGCCAAUCACCUGCCGAGCAGCCCAACUGUAACUGACUGCAUGGCUGCGCAAGGCUUCUACUCUUACUGAAAUACAUAGAAAUGAGUCGGCAUAGACAAAAAGAAAAAAACAAAUGCUACUGAGGAAGCUUUUGCACUAAAUUGUGCAUAAACGCUAUUACGACUUUAAAUUAUGAUCUAGAUUUCAUUAUCAUGACAAUAUAGACCAUGCAGACUGAAGCAAACACAGAUGUAAAUACAAUUAUAUAUAUAUAUAUAUAUAUAUAAUAUGAAUAUAUAAAAGCCACUCACACAAGACACUAAAUUACUAAAUUAUGUUUUGUUCUGUAUGCAACAGACAAAGCUGCCUCAUCGAUCUAAGUCUCCCCUUCAAACCCUAUUGACAAUUCUCUUGGUUGUAAAAAAAACAUAAAUCAAUUUUUUGUCUUGUUUGCAGAGUUCAUAUGACUUCUCUCCAAUCUCUCACUUUUCCUCCUGAUGCUUUCUUUUUUUAUUUCAAUAAUGCACAUGUGAGAGGACACAGGAGGUGUGGCUUUAUGGGUGGUACUGUCCCAUUUGAACUUGUGUGACUCAGGCUCUGUGGCUUCCUCACCACAUGAAGACUGCACAGGACAAAAGGUGUUAUUCAAAGUCAUUUACAACACCAACUGUGCUUCUUAUUCUCUGUAUGGAUGCCACCCUUUUAACACAGUCCUGCUGUGAUUGAUCUGCACAGCACCAUGCUCGUCACUUGAGGAAGAUUGACUCUGUCGACAUGUGCUCUCUGUUCUGCACCAACCUAACCUUUUGUUCUCACUUACUGCCGCCCUCGCUCUUCUUUUUCCUUUUCCUUCUAUUUUUAUUUUCUCUCUGUAAAGAACGUUUCUACCCUUUUGCUACAUGACAGCUCUCUCUGCUGAAUAUGACAAAUUUCUGAAUGUACUGAAGGAAAAUCAGAUGUGUUUAUCACACUGGUUCCAUGUGCUGAACUGUGGAUCCUCUAAACCAGCAAAGACGACACGUUAGCUUGCUAUUAUGGCAUAUAGUGCGUACAUAUGGCACCACCAGUGUAUGAUUAAUUACAGCCACCACACCGGGUAUGGGUUUUAAUGGAGUCACUUCUCCUCUGAAGAAUUAACAAGUGAGCCAAGCAGGAUUGUACAUCUGUCGUAAUCUUUAUAAUUGCUUGUGCUUACGUACUGUGCUGUAUGCUGUACUUGCCAGUUGCCUUUACAGUAGCUCUACUCAAUAUUCUGUGUACCAGUAUUUUUUAAAUGAUCUGUAAAGAUGAACAUGAUUGUAUUUAUCUCCCAUGUAAAAUAUGUAAGUAUUCGCUCGCCUUUUUAAUAAAUAUGAAAUCAUAAAUUUGCCUGAAAAUGAUUUCAGAUGAUCAUGGUGGACCAGCAAGUUAGAACGCUUCUAAAUAUUGCUUUUUGUCAUAUUGAGUCUACCUUGUUAACUGAAGAGAUGUAUUCAAAUCUGUUUAUCUAUUAAAACAAUGUGUGUAAAACCUUAAAUUGUGAAGUCAAAUAUGUAUGCAAUUUGAAUUCAAUUGUUUUUUGUUUUGACUGAAAAUGUCCAUCUGAGGAUGUGAUGCUGUACAGUCUAUAUGUGCCCACUGCUGUCAGUACGUUUUCAAAGAAUAUACAGUAGACUGCUAUUAUUUUCAGUCUUUCCGUUUUCUGUUUAAUCAUAAAUUGUCUAAGAUUGAAACAUUAUAAAAACAGCAGCUGAUUUUGACUGGUAUGGGGCAUCGAGUGUCGCAUGCUGUAUUUCAUGCUUGUUUAUAGCGCAGCAAAAAAGGUACAUUGCAUCUUCCAAUGCCCAUUAUGUCCACAAAACAAAUUUGAUGUGCCAAGUUUCACCUUUUAUGCUAGGUAAUGCAGGGCAGAAAUGAAGAAUGGGAAAGGAAAUACAGUGGCAAGAAAAAGUAUGUGAAACUGGUUUUCUGUAUUAAUUUGUCAUAAAAAUGUGAUCUGAUCUGUAUAUUAGUCCCAAGUAUGACAAACACAAUGUGCUUAACAUAAUACCACACAAACAAUCAUUAUAUUUCAUGUCUUUAUUGAACAUAUUCAUGAAACAUUCAUAGUACUGGUUGAAAAGGGAAGUGGCAGAUGACAGAGUAAUUAGCCUAAGGGUCAGCAGGAGUUAAACCUGGAGUCCGAUCAAUGAAAUGUGAUUUGAGUGUAGUGGCUGUCCGCCAGCUGAAGCUUAGUAGAAGUUGGGUGAAGCAAGAGGACAAUGACCCUUAACAUGGAAGUAAAUCUACUACGACCUUU